UUUCAACAAGUUUAGAUAAUUAGGAUAUAAAUUUAGAUUGUUUUUUAACAGCUUUUCCACAUCCAGGUUGUUUGGAGCCUACCUGCUCAGCCGGGUUGAGGAGGAGCGCUCUGUGGAGUGACUUUUUAAACUGAGAAAAGAUAGGAGCCUGUGUUUGUUUUGAAAGCCUGAAAAGCUGCAACAAAAUGAAGAAAGUCCUUGUGUUUUUCUUCACUCUCUACAUCUCUGGACCUGUCAUACUGUUCCUGUUCCCUUGGAUCCUGGGGCAUGCGAUAUUUGCUCAUUGGUACUCUGCUCCAUUUGGCGUUGAUCUGAGCCGGCCGAAUGACGUCCUGAAUCACACUGUUAAUUUCUACCUCAACACUGAAAAAGAUAUUUCAGUUGGAGUGUGGCACACACUCCCCUCCAGCCAAUGGGAGGCCGCCCGAGGGAGGACCAGCCCAGAGUGGUACAGAGCUGCUUUGAUAGACGCUCGCCCUGUUAUUAUCUUUCUCCAUGGCAACGGAGGAACCAGGGCAGCCAAACAUAGAGUCGGCCUGGUUAAGAAUCUAAGUGCCGCUGGGUUCCAUGUGUUUUCUUUGGAUUACAGAGGGUUUGGUGACUCCAGCGGCGAUCCCACUGAAGAAGGAGUGACCAAGGACGCCCUCUACCUGUACCACUGGGUAAAGCAGCACAGCAGAGGGAACCAGAUUUGCCUUUGGGGGCAGUCUCUGGGAACUGGGGUGGCCACAAACGCUGCGGUCAGAUUACAAAAGCAAGGCUUUGCUGUUGAUGCCGUCAUCCUUCAAGCUGCAUAUACAAGAAUAAGAGAAGUAGUUGCCAUGGAUACACUAGCUAAACCAUACAUCUUCCUUCCUGGUUUUAAAAAUCUGAUUUGGACCAUUAUGGAAAAGAUCAAAGUUGAAUUUGCAAAUGACAAAAAUUUACAAACUUUGACAAGUCCUCUGCUCCUACUGCAUGCAAAGGACGACACUGUAGUGCCUUAUUACAUGGCUCAAGAGUUGUAUGAUAUCUCAGUCCGCACUCACAGACACAUAAACAGAGAGGACGAGGUGGAGCUGGUGUCCUUCAGUGAAGACCUGGGAUACAACCACAGUGACCUUUAUUUAAACCCACAUCUGACAAACAUCAUAACGAAUUUCCUCGAAAAGCUUAAGCGGUGGUGACGCUCAUCUGCAACGGAAACACAUUGAAAACACAUUGUCUAAUUAUAACUUGAAUUAAUUUCAAUAUGAAAUCAUUGUUUUGCACUACUUUUGUAUCUAACCAAUAAAUGUUAAAAAUGUACUUAAAGAGUAAAAAGUAAAAGUAUUUCAUGUUGAUUUUGAGAUCUAUAAUAAAGCUUCAAAUGUCAUGAUUUUGAUAAAAAAUUCUGUUGAAUUUUGUUCAACAGAAACAGUUGAACCAUUUUGUUUCUGGCUGGUUUUAUUUGUAUAUUUUAGUUGGAGACCUGCUGAAAAGGCUGAGGGUUUAUUGAGCAAACAGUAAUAAAAAUACUUUCUGUCCUGUUCAAAAUGUAGUGGAGUAGAAAGUACAGAUACUGCUCUCAAAUGUAGUGAAGGCAAAAUUAAAAGUAUCCACUUUAAAAUGUAUUUAGGUAUACCUAAUAAUGUUACUUUAGAACAGUACUUUUACUACUUUUACUCUCUUACAUUGUUCACUGGUCUUAUGAUGUAUGUGGUAGUAGUAGUACACUGUGUACUAUUGUGGGAGUAACUCAGAUAAUCUUACAAAGGCUGGUGAUUUGGAACUACCGGGACCACAUUUUUAAAUAUUUUAUGUCAAAAUCAACCCUGUGCAAUAUUUAGGGAAACAUAUAAUUGGUUUUCUGAAUAAAAACAUGGUAACCUUGAAUUAAAAAAGAAAAAACAUUUCUUUUGUUUCAAAUAGUAUUUAUUUGAUUUAAAUCUCAAAAGCAUAGGUCCAUGUCUCCACUGUAAAAAGAAAUAUCUGCAUGAUUCAGAAUAGGUUGGGUUUAUGUGACAUCAUAAUAUUCUAGGAUUCCUUUAGUUUAAAGGUGCACGAUGUAGCUUCUCUGGUGGAGAAGGUCCAGCUCCAUGGAGAUGUUAUUGCUUUGCCUGGAACGUUCCACAGUCUGGCAUUAUGGUUAUCUGACAACAUUUAAAUCCAGGCUCAAAACGGUUGUUUAGCUGUGCAUAUGACUGAAGUUCUGCACUCUUGUCUUUGACUGUUACCUUUUGCAUGAUUAUGUUUUGAUUUGUGUGAUUUUAAUGUCUUUCUUAUUCUGUAAAACACUUCGUACAGCACAAUUGGUCCACAGAGUAAUUCAAAUAAACUCAUUUCUCUUCAUCUUUG